AUGGAAGAAUUAUCUAAGUUUGUAAAUAAAUCCUUUGAGCAAUCAAUAAAAGGAAAUCGUGUACAAGAUCUUUUUAAUGCAAUGACCCAAUCCGAGUUAUCCAAUAAAUUAAUAACUGAUCGUAAUUCGAUAACGGGAUCUUUCGAUAACAGUGAUAAAGACAACGACAGCGAUUCGGUCGAUAUUGAUAUUACAAACGUAUCCAGCAUUGAUGAUAGUAAGCCUUCCGUCGGUGAUGGUGCCGAACUAAUUGUCAAUGAAUUGAAACCAUUAUCGUUAGUGAAGCAUAACUUAAUCAGAGGUGAUUCGGUGAUUCUAAGUGAUAAUGUAAAGGCGACGGCAAAUAGAUCUGGCAUCUGUCUCAGCAGCAAUAAUAUUUCGAAAGCAAAAAAUUGGCUAAUAUCCGACGCAACUAAAGAGAACAAUUUUCAUCAUUUAAACAUUAUUGCAAAUGAUGAAUUAACCGACUCGAAUAGUUCAUCAGCGUUUAAUGAUCGAACUAAUUGUUGCGGGUCACCAAGCAGUACAGAUUCAAAGCACAUUAGCUCCCGAUGUAAUGAUCUCAAUGCACGUGAUUUUGCUACUAAUUGUGAUACAUCAAAUAGUUCUUCCGUUGCGCUCAAUAACAAACAACGGAGGUCGCGUACAAAUUUUACCUUGGAACAGUUAAACGAACUCGAAAGACUUUUCGAAGAAACACACUACCCAGAUGCCUUCAUGAGAGAAGAACUUAGUCAGCGUUUAGGUCUUAGCGAAGCAAGAGUACAGGUCUGGUUUCAGAACAGACGAGCGAAAUGCAGGAAACAUGAAAAUCAAAUACACAAAGGUAUCCUGUUAAAUAGGCAAAGUCCGCCAGAGUCGACACCAUUGGAAUCAUGUCGAGUUGCACCGUAUGUAAAUUUGGCAACGGUACGAAAUGCAAAUGGAGCAUCACAAGACAAUAAUAUUAACUCCUCAGCGACGACAACGACGACUGGUGAAACGGGUGGCAAGCGCGCGAAUAAUGUAUUUAAUGCCCACCCCUAUUUGGGCGUGGUUUCUGGAAAUGGAACAAUAUCAGCUUUUGAUCCAGCCAUUAUUUCAGCUGCCGCUCAUCAGUAUGCAGCUGCUAUUGGAAAUACAAAUACAACGCAUAUGUUCUCCAUUUCUCAAUAUCCUUUAAAUUUGGCCGCUAUUGCAGUUGCGCAUAGCAAAAGUUCGAGCAUAGCCGAUUUACGUAUGAAAGCAAAAAAACAUUCCGAGUCGCUUGGCUUGGAAGCCGAUAAUGAAAUCUAG